AUUCUGGGAAGGAGAAGCUUGUAGACCAUUUUAGCUGCAGAUGACAUCGAAUGAUCUGAUCAAGUGUGUGAUCUUUUGGCGAGAGGUGAUCUGUUUGCAGUCAUUGCAUUUCUCAAUAUUUGAGAAAUAUUUCACUUCAGUGUUUCGUUGAAUUAUAUUUGGCCUUGUAUUGAGAAACGAAGAUGGGAGCAGAUAAACGGUCAGUGUUUUAUGACUUCAUGAGGGUUAGCCGUACAGAACGCAGCGGCAGGUACGGCUCUGAACAGUCUCGCGAUGACGACCGCAGGGACCGCCGAGAUCGCGACGAUCGCGGAUACGACUCUCAUCGCUGGAGUGAUGAUCGUCGUAGUGACCGUUACGAUGGUGAACGUGGCGACAGAAGUGAUCGAUAUUGGAGCAGGGACAGUCCUGAGCGAGGGAGGAAACGGCGCAGCAGCGACGGGUCUGAUGACGGACACCACUCGGAUGGUGAUUACUCUGAGCAUGAUUACAGGGGAGACCCAGCUGACGAGAAGGAGAGCAAGACCAUCAUGCUCCGGGGUCUGCCCAUGAACACAUCAGAGGCAGAUAUUCGAGCAGCCAUUGACCAGCUCGAGGGGCCUAAGCCGAUGGACGUGAGGCUGAUGAAAAAGAGAACAGGUAUAAGCCGAGGUUUCGCCUUCGUGGAGUUUUAUCACUUGCAAGAUGCUACCCGAUGGAUGGAGACCAAUCAGAAACUGCUGACCGUUCAAGGCAAGACUGUUGCCGUGCACUACAGCAACAACCGGCACAAGUUUGAGGACUGGCUCUGCAGCUCAUGUGGCCUGUACAAUUUCCGGAGGAGGCUGAAGUGCUUCAGGUGUGGCGCAGUUAAAGCGGAUUCUGAGUCCAGCAGCACCACAGGAGCCACAGAAACCCAACCCAGUGGAGAUUACUAUGGCGAUACCAUCAUCCUGAGGAACAUCGCCCCUCACUCCACUGUUGAAGCCAUACUGUCUUCACUCGCCCCUUACGCCAACCUCUCGCCCGGCAACAUCCGCCUUAUUAAGGACAAACAGACGGGUCAGAACAGAGGGUUUGCCUUCGUCCAACUUGCCUCUCCUUUGGAAGCGUCACAGCUCCUAACCAUCCUACAAGGCUUACAGCCCCCUCUUAAGCUGGAUGGGAAAACUAUUGGAGUCGACUAUGCCAAGAGUGCUCGAAAGGACCUGUUAUUACCAGAUGGGAACCGUGUUAGUGCCUUUUCGGUUGCCAGCACAGCCAUUGCAGCUGCUCAGUGGUCCUCUAGUCAGCCUCAGCAGAGCGUGGAGCCAACAUCAGAAUACAGCUACCUGCAGGAGGGAUAUGUAUCCUACUCGCAGGAGUACCAGGCGUACUAUCAGCAGCAGGCUGGAGUUGUGGACCCUUCCCAGGCUAAUGGCAUACUUGGAGCUGCUCCAGGUGUGAAGGUUCUUCCUGCCGCUACCGGAGUGGUGAUCUCUCAGACUGCGCAGGUCUAUCAACCUCAUAUCAUCAGCCAGCCAGCUACUCAGACAUUGCAGAUUGAAGGCAAAGGCCAGCCCAUCACAGCCGCUGCCACCAUUUCCACCCCAGCAGCAUCUGCAGUCGCGGCAACUAGCACAGCAACAGCUACCUCUCAGGAAAACCAAGCCACUGUCCCAGACACUUCAUCCUAUCAGUACGAUGAGUCUUCUGGGUAUUAUUACGACCCCAGCACUGGCCUGUACUAUGACCCAAACACACAUUACUAUUACAACUCCCAGACUCAGCAGUAUCUGUACUGGGAUGGGGAGAAGCAGGCCUACGUGCCGGCGGUGGACGCCAACAAUGCGGCUCAGAACGCUGCCUCCACAUCCACUCCUCAGAAAGAGGGCAAAGAGAAGAAAGAGAAACCUAAGAGCAAAACGGCUCAGCAGAUUGCGAAGGACAUGGAGCGCUGGGCCAAGAGUCUGAACAAACAGAAGGAGAACUUCAGGAGCAGCUUCCAGCCCAUCAGUCAGGAGGAGAGGAGGGAGGCAGCAGCAGCUGAUGCUGGUUUCACGCUCUUUGAGAAGAAGGCAGGGGCUCUGGAGAGGCUUGUAACAGAGGCAUCUAAAGCAACAGAAGAAGAGAGCUCCUCAUCAAAGGUGGGGCUGGUGGCGGCGUACAGCGGCGACAGUGAGCCGGAGGAGUGCCUGGAUGGAGAUGACAGGGAGGACAAGUUGACCGACUGGAAAAAGAUGGCGUGCCUGCUGUGCCGGAGGCAGUUCCCCAGUAAAGAAGCUCUGAUCCGCCAUCAGCAGCUCUCAGACCUGCACAAGCAAAACUUGGAGGUUCUCAGGAGAUCCAAACUGAGCGAAGCAGAACUGGAGGAGUUGGAGAGGAAAGAGACAGAGAUGAAGUACAGAGACAGGGCUGCUGAGAGAAGAGAGAAAUACGGUAUCCCUGAACCCCCUGCACCCAAGAAAAGGAAAUUUACCCAGCCAGCACCUGUAGUAAAUUACGAACAGCCCACAAAGGACGGAUUGAACAGCGAUAAUAUCGGCAAUAAGAUGCUGCAGGCCAUGGGCUGGAAGGAAGGCAAAGGUCUGGGUAGAAACCAACAAGGCAUCACAACACCUAUUGAGGCUCAGUUGAGAAUGAAAGGAGCCGGUUUGGGAACUAAAGGAAGCAGCUACAGCCUCUCAGCUUCAGAUACCUACAAGGAUGCAGUCCGGAAAGCCAUGUUUGCACGCUUCACGGAAAUUGAGUGAAUGAGAAUUUAUGUCAUGUCAGUUUGGCAAAAAGAAUUGUGACUUUGGUCCUCUGUGCUGAGGAGUGUCAUGUAUUUAUUUUGACUUGAGAAAUUCUGUUGAUGAACAUUGGAUAUGCGACUAUAAGAAUGUGUACAUAUGUACAAAGUCCUCGAGAAAUGUGAAAAACAUGUUUUUGAUUUUGGUUAUUUGCUUUUUCCAAAAUAGAUCUUGAGCUCUGUAAAGUUUAUAUAUGAUCUCAUUUUUGUACAUAAGAAAAUAAAUGAGACGACCUGAAUUGAA